GCCUUUUCCGCCCUCCCGGUCCCCUCCCUCGGCCCGCUGCCUCUGCUCCAGAUGAGGUGAUGGCAACGGCCAACUUCGGCAAGAUCCAGAUCGGCAUUUACGUGGAGAUCAAACGGAGCGAUGGCCGAAUACAUCAAGCAAUGGUAACAUCUUUAAAUGAGGACAAUGAAAGUGUAACUGUGGAAUGGAUAGAAAACGGGGAUACGAAAGGCAAGGAGAUUGACCUGGAAAGCAUCUUCUCCCUUAACCCUGACCUCGUCCCUGAUGAAGACAUUGAACCCAGUCCGGAAGUCCCUCCACCUCCAACAGCCUCGGCCAAAGUAAACAAAAUCGUAAAGAAUCGGCGGACUGUGGCUUCUAUUAAAAAUGACCCUCCUCCAAGAGAUAACAGAGUGGUUGGUUCUGCACGUGCCCGGCCCACUCAGCUGCCUGAGCAGUCCGCCUCUGCACAACAGAAUGGUAGUGUUUCCGAUAUCUCUCCAGUUCAAGCUGCAAAAAAGGAAUUUGGACCCCCUUCACGUAGGAAAUCUAAUUGUGUGAAAGAAGUAGAAAAAUUACAAGAAAAACGAGAAAAAAGGAGACUGCAACAGCAAGAACUUAGAGAAAAAAGAGCCCAGGAUGUUGAUGCUACAAAUCCAAACUAUGAGAUCAUGUGCAUGAUCAGAGACUUCAGAGGAAGUUUGGAUUAUAGGCCUUUAACAACAGCGGAUCCUAUUGAUGAACACAGGAUAUGUGUUUGUGUGAGAAAACGACCACUCAAUAAAAAAGAAACUCAAAUGAAAGAUCUUGACGUGAUCACAAUCCCUAGUAAAGAUGUCGUGAUGGUGCAUGAACCGAAACAAAAGGUAGAUUUAACACGGUACCUGGAAAACCAAACGUUUCGUUUUGAUUAUGCCUUUGACGACUCAGCUCCUAAUGAAAUGGUUUACAGGUUUACUGCUAGACCACUGGUGGAAACUAUAUUCGAAAGGGGAAUGGCUACGUGCUUUGCUUAUGGGCAGACUGGAAGUGGAAAAACUCAUACUAUGGGUGGUGACUUUUCAGGAAAGAAUCAAGACUGUUCUAAAGGAAUUUAUGCAUUAGCAGCUCGAGAUGUCUUUUUAAUGCUCAAGAAGCCGAACUAUAAGAAGCUAGAACUUCAAGUAUAUGCAACCUUUUUUGAAAUUUACAGUGGAAAGGUAUUUGACCUGCUAAAUAGGAAAACAAAAUUAAGAGUUCUGGAAGAUGGAAAGCAGCAGGUUCAAGUGGUAGGAUUACAGGAACGUGAGGUCAAAUGUGUUGAAGAUGUUCUGAAACUCAUUGACAUAGGCAACAGCUGCAGAACAUCUGGUCAGACAUCUGCAAAUGCGCAUUCAUCUCGGAGCCAUGCAGUGUUCCAGAUUAUUCUGAGAAGGAAAGGAAAACUACAUGGCAAAUUUUCUCUCAUUGACUUGGCUGGAAACGAAAGAGGAGCCGACACCUCCAGUGCGGACAGGCAGACCAGGCUGGAAGGUGCUGAGAUUAAUAAGAGCCUUUUAGCACUCAAGGAGUGCAUCCGAGCCUUAGGUAGAAAUAAACCUCACACUCCUUUCCGGGCGAGUAAACUCACUCAGGUGUUAAGGGACUCCUUCAUAGGCGAAAACUCCCGGACCUGCAUGAUUGCCACAAUCUCUCCAGGAAUGGCAUCCUGUGAAAAUACUCUCAAUACAUUAAGAUAUGCAAAUAGGGUGAAAGAACUGACUGUAGAUCCUACUGCCGCUGGUGAUGUCCGUCCAAUAAUACAUCACCCGCCCAGCCAGAUUGACGAUGUCGAGGCCCAGUGGGGUGUGGGGAGUUCCCCUCAGAGAGAUGAUCUCAAGCUGCUCUGUGAACAAAAUGAGGAAGAGGUGUCUCCACAGCUGUUUACUUUCCACGAAGCGGUCUCCCAAAUGGUGGAAAUGGAAGAGCAGGUUGUGGAAGAUCACAGAGCAGUGUUCCAGGAAUCGAUUCGAUGGUUGGAGGAUGAAAAGGCUCUCCUUGAGAUGACUGAAGAAGUGGACUAUGACGUAGAUUCCUAUGCCACACAACUUGAAGCAAUUCUUGAGCAAAAGAUAGACAUUUUAACUGAGCUGCGAGAUAAAGUAAAAUCUUUUCGUGCUGCCCUACAAGAAGAAGAACAAGCCAGCAAACAAAUCAACCCGAAGAGACCCCGUGCCCUUUAAGUUGGCCUUGCUGCUAAAGGACCCCCAGCACCCUUAAUACUGUAAUGGACAUGGUUUAGCUGUAAGGGCCAUUUGAAAGUUUUAAGAUUUUAAGUGUCUGUGGAAAAUGUCUUGUCCUUCACCUGAAUGACAUUUCAAUUUUGUGAACCACCUCCGCCUCCAAAAUGCUUCUAGUCCGGGAGGCACAAACAAGAAUUGGGAUUGGUGAAGCAUUACAUUUCAUUUACCCAGUAGUGGUUUGCUUUUGGAGAUCCUUGCCAAUUUCAUUUGUUAAAGGAGGGAGUUGGGUUGUGGACUUGACCUGGAGGUGGCUGUUAGGGGGAAGCCACAGCAUUUCCUUUGACUUGGUUCAGUUUGCAUAGCCAGACGGCGCGGUUGACCCUGAGCGUGCAUGCUUACCUCAUCCGUGACUGUACAUACCCGCCACUCCUCGACGGCUGUGCUCGCCUCCCGCUCUGUGCCUUGACCAAGGCUACGACCCCGAGUUGCUGAAGCACAGCCAAGAAAAAUUACAUUCCUUAUUCAUCAUUGUAAAUUACCGUUAUUGUGUGUACAUUUUUACUGUAUUUGAGACAUUUUUGUGUGUGACUAGUUCAUUUUGCAGGAUGUGCCAUAUCAUUGAACAGAACUUAAGUCUGUGACAGUGGACAUAGCUGCUGAACCAUUCCAUCUUAUAUGUAUAAAAUCUGGAAUUAUGAUUUUAAACCAUAUAACAUGUGAUUUUAAUUUUCUUAGCCUUUUUCUUUGUAAAGAACUAAAAUAUAAACUAGUUGGUGUAAAAUAAAAAGCAAUGAAGUUCUGA